UAGGCAGGAGUGAUGGUCGUGGUAGUAUCAUCAACAUAACCGAGGCAUCAUGGCCGUCCCAGAGAUCAUCAUCGGGACUAAUGAAGAAUAUAUCUUAGGUUAUCAAUUAUCUCCACAACAGGAUGGGACAGUGUCACUACGCCAGACCUUCGCUGACCACUCACACUCCGGCAGUGUCCGUCAGGUGGCUGUCAGUGGCAAGUACCUGGUGUCUGGAGCCUCGGAUGAGACCCUCAGAGUGUUCAAUCUACGGACGCGUGCUGAGGUUGGCAUCAUCAUGGAGCAUCAAGGUACCAUCACCAGCGUGGCCUUCCAUAAGUCGGGUUACUUGUUCUCAGCAGCACAGGACGGCCACAUCUGUAUAUACAACAGAAGGAAAUGGCAGGUUAGGCAGACAUACUGUGUUGAUUUUAAAUUAAAAUAUUUUAGAUAAUGUUACCUGUCAGUGGGUCAGGACCGAACACUGCGGACCUGGGACCUCAUCAAGGGCAGGAAGGCUUAUAUCACCAACCUAAAGACAGGUCAGUUUUCUGUCCACUGGUCACCAGAUGGCUCCCAGUAUGUGGUGGUGAAAGGCUCUUGUGUUGACCUGUAUAAAGUGGCAGUGGGUCAAGUGGUACAUUCUGUUGACUUCAAAGAGACGGUUACUUCACUUAUAUUUCUUAUGGAUGACAUUAUAGCAGUCGGUGGAGAGGGCAAAAAUAUCUGUAUCUACGACCUGACAACCAAGGUGGAGUUAACACAGUGGGCGGCUCACACCAUGCGGAUAAAGAGUCACAUACCGAGAGACACGGCGGACUCCGAGGACCUCUGGCUGGCCUCCGCUUCCUCCGACGGCAAGAUAAAAGUGUGGAGACUGGAGCUGUUAUCACUGUCAUCGUUGCCAACACUUCUGGGUGAGAUUGAUACCACUUGUCGCAUCAUCUGUAUGGACGUACACCUGCCUCCACCCCCCAGGACGCACACACCCGACUCUCAUAACGACUCGGAGGAAGAGGAGAGCGACAACGUACACACAGCCGACCAUACAUACGCGCCACCCAAGAAGCUAAAACAGCUAAAAGGAAAAACAAACUCUCCAAGAUGGUGACUCAGGGAGGGAAAUGUUGAUGACUUGAAACCUAAAAAGAAAAAGAUUAAAUUUGUCUAAAAUAUACUUAUAAUAAAUGUAAUUAAUAA